AUGAACCAACCCGCAAGCGAUACCAAGCACAUCAAAGCACUCCCUUACACUUUACCGGAUGGUCGGGUGAUCGAGCUCUUGCAGGAUGACACUCUAGGCGAUUCGACGGGACGAUCCCUUUGGCUUGGUGCGCAGUUGCUCGUGUUGUACUUGCAUUCGGCGUUGCACAAGGUCAAGGUGUUGACGAAGGGGAAGGAUGGCGGGUGGAAACGGAGAAGAGCUAUUGAGCUUGGGGCAGGGACAGGUACGUACGGCCACGUGGUUUCAAAAUGACUCCUGUCACCUCCUCCACGCGAAGCCCAGCAGGCUGAAACUGAGGAACAACUUUCUUUUUCUCAGGCCUAAUGUCCAUGUACCUCCACUCCCAAGGAUACGACGUCCUGUCAACCGACAUGCCCUUCAUCGCCCACUCCUGUCUAAAGGCCAACUUUGACCAUAACCCGGGUCUGACCUCGAAUUUGACCGUGUGUGAUCCGUCGAUCGUUCCUCCGAGGUUUCAUGCAAAGGGACUGGAUUGGUCCGUCUCUUCUUCGGAAUGGUCUUUCAACGAUCCGAGGGACGUCGCCUCGACUAGAGGACCCAGCCAGUCCGGUGCCGAUCCUGAGAAGGAGAAUUGGACCCCUCCCGAAUCCCCUAUCGACCCUCCCUUCGAUCUCAUCGUCUUAUCCGACGUCAUUUACUCUUCUGCCCUCGUCGAGCCCCUCCUCAACACCCUACGAUCUCUCUCCGACCUUUCCCCUCAGUCAACGACCUACAUCGCCGUCGAAGUCAGGGACCCCGAAUUGAUCUCGGGCUUCUUUGUACGAGCUAAAGAGGAGGGGUGGAAGUGCUCCAAAGUUGAUCAGCUCAUCUUGAACAAACUGAUGAGGGCGGCUGCAUGGGAUGAGCUGGGCUGGGACGGCGUCGAGGUCUGGUGUCUCAAGCGAAGGAGCAAGUCGAAACUGCUCGUGAGGAAGCAGGCGUAG